ACGUUCAAGAUUGCUUUGUUACGACGAUUCGAAUGAUAACAUAGUAGAUGUGGACUCAUGACGGCGACACGGCUUGGACAGAGGUGGUGAUGGCAGAAGUAGCGAUCGUGGGUGGAUGAAGACGCGUGGGGUAAGAAACCUUGACAUUAGCGCGGCGCGACACGACGUCAUGCCGGUCCAGCCCACCAAGCGUCUCUAUGCGCCUACUAAGAAGAAACUCGAUGUUCUUUCUGUAGUCAGUCAAUCCUUGAAGCGCAUAGCGCCGCUGAUAAGAUGCCAUCCCUGGUCCGCAAGCUGCUCAUCUUCGCUGCCGUCGACGGGCUCGUCCUCCAGCCGUCCCCGCCCCGCAACCAUCCGCCGGCGACGCAGCAGGCCAUCAAGGUCGAUUACAAAGGCAACGUCGGGCCCCUGUUGAAGGACAGGCGCGAAGAAGAUACUGCGCCCGUGUCCGUGGAGGCGCAUGGCAUCGUCGGACUGCUCAAAGUCGCUACUUCCUACUUUUUGAUAUCGAUAUCCGACCGCGAACAAGUAGCGCUCAUACGCGGCAAGCCCAUCUACAAGAUCACCAAUGUCGCUCUCAUCCCGCUCUCCUCACAAGCCGACGCCGACAAGGCCAUUGUAGCCACGCGGGACCACUUGAAGCGUCGCAACCGCGCACCCGGGCUCGAUGACGAGGAUACAGAUAGCGAGAGCGAAGAUGGUGCGCCCAGUGUAACCGACUCAAUCGUAGAAGAUUCCUCAUCUGCACCCAGCGAGGUGAAGGACACUGUCACCGGGCAAAAAGGGACGGCGGCCCAGAAGACAAGUGUCGCCGAAGACGUCAUACAACGGAAAGGUGUAUACGGCAGAUUCGCUGACAAGUGGUUCUCGCGCAAGGGCUGGAACGCUGACAACAGGCGUCUGCAAGGGCUGAGCUCCGAGGAGAACCUGGCCGCGAAGAAUGUGCCGCAGAACGUUGACUCAGGAAUGCCCAAAGAGGAAGAGCAACCCAAGACUGAAUCGAAGCCAGAUGCGAUACCAACAUCUGACAAGGACAUUUCGGAACCAGUCAGUCCAGAGGCGAUACCCAAGGCUCUGAGCGGCGAGAAGGACGCUGCGACUGUAGCUCUCCUACCCAAGAUCCUACAGACCACCAAAAUGUACUUUUCAUCGGGUAACUUCUUCUUCUCCUACGACUAUGACAUCUCACACGGCAUCGGCCAGCAGCAACCCAGUUCCAGUGUGGCGCUAUUCAAGCAGUUCGAUCCUUUGUUCUUCUGGAACCAGCACAUCAUCUCGCCCUUCAUCGAUGCUGGUCAACAUUCUUUCGUGCUCCCUGUAAUGCAAGGCUUUGUUGGCCAGAGACCAUUCACUAUCAAGACGGCGGAUGGCCAGUCGAGCAGCCUUGUAGUCGAUCCGAGUGCUACCCCCGACGACAUUCAGCUGCAGUCCUGGCAUGAGAAGCAAAAAGAGGAGUCGCAAUCCACUACAGAAGCCAGUAGCGAAGCACCUGCUCCGGACGCUUCACUUGCAGACGGUAAAGACUUUUUGUUGACACUCAUCUCGCGACGUUCUAUCAAGCGGGCUGGUCUUCGUUAUCUGCGACGAGGAACAGACGACGAGGGAUGCACUGCGAACAGUGUAGAAACGGAACAGAUCCUGUCCGUACCAACCUUCAGCACGACGCAAGAUAAGAUCUUCUCCUUUACGCAAAUUCGCGGUUCAAUACCCCUGUUCUUCUCUCAAUCACCCUACAGCCUCAAGCCUCAAGUCUCUACUUGGGGAUCUUUUGAAACAAACGCUCAAGCUUUCAAGAAGCAUUUCCUCGAUCUGUCUUCGCGCUACGGUGAUAUUUACUGUGACUCGCUUAUCGACAAACACGGUACGGAGGCAAAAAUUGGCGAACUUUACGAACAGCAUGCCAAGGCGCUCAAUGAGAACGGCGGGAUCGAUGGCAAGGGCAAGCAACUGGGCUUCGAAUGGUUCGACUUCCACAACGUGUGCCGUGGCAUGCGCUUUGAAAACGUCUCAAAACUGAUGGACUCCAUCGAACCCUUCAUGACAUCUUCUGGCUGGGUGGAAAUCUCAGAUGAUCAAGUCCAACGGAAGCAGGCCGGUGUCUUGCGCACAAAUUGUAUGGAUUGUUUGGACCGCACCAACGUCGUCCAAUCUGCGUGUGCUAGAACCGCUCUUGAAUCCCAGUUAUCAAUGGGUAGCUACAACAUCGACCUUCAGAACGACCCUAGCACUUCGUGGUUCAACACUCUCUGGGCUGAUAACGGUGACGCAAUCUCUCGGCAGUAUGCUGGCACCGCUGCGCUGAAAGGAGAUUUUACGCGCACCCGAAAACGACAAAUCACCGGUGCGCUUACCGAUUUUGGGCUGACACUCACGAGAUAUUACAACAACAUUGUAAAUGACUACUUCGCUCAAGCCGUCAUUGACUAUCUCCUCGGUCGCGCUACCGAUACCAUAUUUGCAGAGUUUGAAGCAGAUAUGAAGAGCUCGGAUUAUUUCAUUGAUGUGCGCAAGGUACGGCAACAAGCCAUCGAGCGUUCUGCUGGUAUUGUAAUCGAGGAUCGUGAUGAGGACCUGGUACACGGAUGGACCUUGAGCGUACCCACCGCUGUUAACCAAGUCAAGACUGCCACGUUUGAGGAAGCCGUUCUCUUACUGACGGAGAAGGCCCUGUACUUCUGCCGUCUCGACUGGGGCACAGAAAAGGUACGCGAGUUUGAACGCAUUCCACUUGAAAAUGUGCAGGGUCUCAUGCGCGGCGUUUACAUUACGUCUACAUUAGCGCAACGACACACGGAUGCAGACAAGAAUGUUGGCCUCAUCAUACGGUACCGAGCCGACACCCAAGGCGAGCUAGUACGACGAAACACAAGAGCCUUAGAUUCAGGGGCCGCCAACGACGAGCAGCGCAAGGAUGACGCUAAGAAGGACCAGAAGCAGGAUUCUGCGGGCCGAUUCCUAGCGUUCAAGGCGUUACCACCGAGAAGUAGUGUUCCGUCAUCUCCUGGCGACACUCCAGAGAAUGAGGGCGAGGUGGUGAAGUCAGUAUGCGACGAAAUCGUGAGAAUUGCCAAUGAUAUGAAGAAAGGAGGAAGGGACGAAGACAGAACAUUGGAGGUAGAAGAGAAGGACAUCAUCAGCCUUACGGAUGCGAGAAAGACUACAGGCUACCUCGAACAGUUUGAGUAUUCCUUGAAGAAGCUUGUUUGGGGCUAAGCUCUGGAGAUUCUCGGUCGUGCCAUGUUAUUCCUCGCUGUACUCUAUUCGGCGCACAGUACAUACUCGCUUGGCAGAGAAGUCCGCGUCAUGUAGUUAUAUCAAGCCAUUGUUCUUUGUUCUACUGUUCCAUCCACAACGUUCUCGGACGUUGUGGUGUCUCGGUAUAGCAAAUCAUCUAGAAGACAAUUUCUUGACUCGCUAUGUAUUGACCAUAGUAUCAGUCCAUGGGUAUCUCCACU